AUGCAACCGGCUUCCUUCCUACUCAUGCUCAUUGCUGUGUCUGUCGUGGUGGAUUGUGCUCCGAGGCUCCGGGAUCCAGAGUGGCUUUCACAACAUCAGCCGAGCAGCUUCGACGCAGGAGAUCAUGCAGAGGCACCUGCUGGUACGAGGCCCUUCACGGUGGAGCUGAGUGGAUCAAAGAGAAAAGGCAUCCACAGAGCCUUUCUGGUCAUACUGCCGCUACGAACAUUUACCAGCAACUUUGUGUCAAUAUUUGAUUUGAGAAGAAAGCGGUUCGUCUGCAUGGACGGAGAGGGAGAGUUGUACAACUCUAGACAGAGGGAGAGAGAAGAAUGUCUCUUUCAGCGCAUUUGGUUAGAUUUGGAGAAUCACCGUGACGUCUUUUACUCUACAAGUGGGGAUCGACUGCUCCAGCUCAAAGCAGCCGAGCUGCCAGUUUCUCACCAGGAGCCACCUGAACCUCCGUCAUCCCUGGUGCAGAGGAUCCGGGGUAGCUCAGCUAAGAGACGGAGGAGGAGUGGGGAGAUGAAUCCCUCGGCUCCAUUACAGAAUCCUUCACAUUCAGCAAAGGAUCACAGAGACGCAGAUCACAGGCAGCCUGAACAGGACCAAACUGGAGCUGUGUCCAAAGAGACCAUCACGUCUUUUGAUGACCCCCUGCGGGUUUUACAGCCCAACGUGCCCGUCAGCCCAGUAAAGAAUAAUAUAGCAGAAAGGGCAAAACAAGACUAA